AAUACCAAGAUGUCGAACGUAACACUUAUUUUUGCUAUAGCUUGCCUUUGUGUGGCUGUUCAGGCUCAAACUGGUAGGCCGCGGGAUCGGGAGAUUUGUGCGAAUGAAAACAGUAGGUGCGAACGUAAUCAACGUCGGUUGGGAAGGGACAAUGAUGUCUCCAACGUCUUCAACAAUCACUGCCGUCAGUCUAAUAGAGGCUGGCGUAACAUCUCUCACUGCGAGUUGACUUUGGCCACUUGUCGCUUGACACUCGAAAAUUGUAGCAUCAUAAACUGCGCGAAUGUGAGAAGGAGCCUUGCGGGUGGUACCACCGGUCGCCCGACUCCUUCUUCGCGAACCACGACUCCCAGGAUUCCAUCUCCUCAAACUACUCGUAGGGGCCCAGGGCCCAGUAACCAGGACGCCAGCUCCUCGAACUACUCGUAG